AUGACUAUCAUAGUGUUCCUCAUCGACACCUCGGCGUCCAUGUGUCAACGGACUUACAUGGGUGGCCGGCCGACGCUCUUGGAUAUCGCCAAAGGGGCCGUCGAGUCUUUUGUCAAGGUAAGACAGCGAUCUUCAGAGAGCCGAGGUGAUAGAUACAUGUUAUUAACGUUUGAAGAGCCACCAGCCAACAUUAAGGCUGGUUGGAAAGAAAACAUUGGUGCAUUCAUGAACCAAUUGAAAAAUUUACGCUGUGCUGAAAUGACUACUUUGGGCUUAGCACUCAAAAAUGUAUUUGAUAUACUAAAUAUAAAUCGUAUGCAAAGUGGUAUAGAUACUUAUGGCCAGGGUCGUUCUCCAUUUUUUUUGGAACCAUGCAUCAUAGUAGUUAUAACAGAUGGUGGGCGUUUAUCAAAUGCAUCAAAUGUAGUUGAUGAAUUUAACCUACCUAUGACAAACCCCAUUCCUGGAUGGGAGAUGACAAGAGAACCAUUUCGUUGGGAUCAAAGAUUAUUUUCUUUAGUGUUAAGAAUGUCUGGGACACCAACAGUAGAUCGUGAUACUGGACUAGUUGCCAAUGAUACAUCUCCUAUCGAUGCUAUGUGUGAAGUCACUGGAGGCAGAUCAUAUUGUAUAACUUCACAAAGGGUAUUAAUGCAAUGCAUUGAUAGUUUAGUGCAGAAAAUACAAAGUGGUGUAGUAAUAAAUUUUGAAAAAAUUGGUCCAGAACCUUUACCAAUAACUGACAAAGAAAAUGGCAUGGAUAUAGACAUUGGUUAUGAAGAAUUUGGAAAAAUAGGCUUUGGAAAUACUGACCAUAUAAAUCAUCAAAAUGGAAAUAAAGUGAAUGGUAUUCCCAAUAUUGUUCAAUCUCCUUCCAAUGCAUGGCAUAAUUGUCGUAAACUAAUUCAUGUUCCAAAAUCUGCUCAAAAAGGUUUUCCUAUGGGAUUUUGGCCUAUACCUGAAUCAUAUUGGCCUGAAAAUACCAUGAAUUCUUUGCCACCAAGAUGUGCUCAUCCAACAGUUAAAUUUUCUUGUGUUAAUCAAGAACCUAUGGUGAUAGAAAGUUUACCUUUUGACAAAUAUGAAUUAGAACCAUGUCCACUUACACAAUUUAUUUUAUCGAGGAAACAACCUACACUUUGUUGGCAGGUUUUUGUUGCUAACAGUUAUAAAACUCCAGAAGUAAUGCAUCCAUUUGGUUAUUUAAAAGCCAGUACAACCUUAUCCUGUGUUAAUCUUUUUGUAUUGCCUUAUAAUUACCCUCUACUAUUACCUAUUCUUGAUGAACUGAUCAAAGUGCAUAGAUUAAAACAAACUCCUGAAUGGCGAACUCAAUUUCAAGCAUAUUUAAGAAGUACACCAGGAUAUUAUAAUGCUCCUUUAAGAAGAGCAUUAACAAGAAUGGGUGUGCCUAGUACUGUAGUGACUUCAUUAGUACCAGACACUGCAGACAAUGCCUCAUUAAGCUACUCUGUUUUAAGUUAUUUAAAACGACUUAAAACCCAAGCCAAAACAGAAUAUGACAGAUUAUGCACUGAAGUUACUAAUAAACAAACGGCUAAAACAAAUUUAAAUUUGGCUGAUUAUGUCCGUGUUAAUCACAUAUCAUUGCUCAAAAAAGAUAUGACGACAAAUCCUCUAUUACAAAAUAAAUUUAUUCAUCUGCGAGAACAAUUAAACGACUUUAAUAACUAUGUAGUAGGUACAGCUAAAAGAAAAAAUGUAGAAUGUAACAAAACCGGUGGUUCUGGUUUUCGUAAUCCAUUUGACAUAUCAAGAAGUAAACUUUUAGAAGUAGUCAAAAAUAUGCAAACUAAUUUUUCUCAUUUUUCACAAACCAGAUUUUUUGAAGAUGAUCUGGUGCAUUCAAUGCCUGUAAGUCAAAUGGGUAAUUAUCAAGAAUAUUUGAAACGUAUGACAUCACCACUCAGAGAAGUUGAAUCUAUGCCUGUUCGACAACAUAUGUUUGGAAACCCUUUUAAAAUUGAUAAAAGAAUGAUGGUAGACGAAGCUGAUGUUGACAUGGUUGGAGCUGGAAGUGGAUCAUCAAGUCCUAGAACUGGAUCAAAAAGAGCAUUAGAUAGCAGUCCCGCACGAAGAAAACCUGGGCCUUUACCACGACAUGUGUGUGCAUCACCUAGACCCAGAUCACCAUCACCAUCACCACCACCAUCACCUGCUCCUUUCAAUCCAAUUAAUUCAAUAAUUGAAACUCCACCUAUACUUUUACCUAAUGGAGGAGAAACAGAUGAAGAAACUCCAAUUCCAGUUAAUGGUGAAUGUUACCCUAGAGCUAUGUGCCCAUCACCACCUCCACCCAUUCUUGAACCAUAUGAAAAUAACUUUAAUGAUGACGCUGAUGAUGACGAAAUUGUGCCAAACGAUAUAUGUAACCAUGUUCCAGUAAUUCCAGAAGGAAAUACUGUUCGUCAACACUUAUUAACAAUUACUGCUAAUAUGAAUCAAGAAAUCGAUGAAUUAUCCAAGCAAGAGUUGUUAGACAUUAAACAACACAAUGCAAAAGUUAGGAAACUUUUAUUCGUUGAAGUUAAACGUCCUGGUCAAAAUUAUACAGCAUUAUUCCAUUGUUUGAGUACAUUAAAAGGUCCAGCGUCUAUCCAAUUGACUUAUGUUAAUGACAUUAUUGCUGAAGCCCUUAGGUUUAAGAGAAAAAAAUUAGUUAACAAAUUGGAGGAGUUUAGAAAAUCAUAUAUGCGAAUUCCAGCUGCAGCCAGAUGAUAAAAAAUAAUAAUAAGAUAUGGAUUUUAGGCCUUACUCUUAUUAUUUUUUCCUCUUCUUUAAUAUCAUGUUGAUUUACUGAUAUUAUCUGAUGUGUGAAAAUAUAACAUCUUUGUCUAAUGCUACAGACAUACAAACAAAUUUAACAACUAUUUUUGUAAAAAAGAUAAAUUGGCAUAAUUUAUAUGAUGGAAUAGGAUAACAUUAAUUAGUUCCUUUUCUAUUAAACAUCUGUCUUCUACUUUUUCAUGAUACUAUUGUUAUU